UUGAACAUCAAUUGGAUUCAUCAUUGAGGCAAAUAAGGUCAACUAAGACACAACACAUGCUUGAUCAACUUGCUGAACUUCAUCAAAAGGAACAAUCUCUUACUGAAAUGAACAAAUCUUUGAAGACAAAGUUGGAAGAACUUGGUGUUGCCUUUCAAACAUCAUGGCAUUCUGGGGAGCAAAGUGUACAAUAUAGACAGCAGCAGCCUGAGGGAUUUUUUCAACAUGUGGAUUACAAUAAUAAUACAGUGUCUGAUAUAAGGUACGGGUACGAUGCCGUGCUACCGAAACAUGCAGCACCAUCAACACAAGAUGCUUCUGGAGUUGUACCUGGAUGGAUGCUUUGAAU